CCACCGGAGGUCCACCUGUCCGAGGCGGGUGGUUAUAUUGGAGACCAUACGGAUGCUGUGCCAUUUACCUAUAAUGGACAAUCUACGAUAGUUGAUACGGGAUUUAUAAUAAUGAAUAGUGCUACAUACCAUUCGUUCCACCCCUCCGACAGCAUUGCGAACACGAGCUAACAUUACGCCUGCUGUUUGUUUAGAAAACUUUCUAUCCUUCCCCAAGUGCAUAGAUGUUACCCUUGUUUCAACGGUGAUGAAAUUCGGUGUUUCCCGGAAUGUCGGUGCCUUCGGAUGGUCCGGCACCAAUCUGUCAUCCAUCUUUGCUUAACGUGCAAACUUAUUCGGGCCGAGCAUGUGGCGUAUGUUGUUUGAUAUAAUCUGUUUCAACACCUUCGCCAUAGAUCUUCUAGGGAGGAAAGAGAUGAAUGAAGAGUGCGAGGACGAAACUAUCAGAGCAUAUCUGGAGAGGGAAGGUCCCCAAGCAUUCAGGGAUAACCACUUAAUCCCGAUGACGACCACCGUGUGGAAUACCAGUCCAGACAAAUGCGCCCCAGAGCUCCCAGCAGCCACACUUGUGAAAUUUCACGCACGAUAUCUGUCCCUCCCCACGACCACGCCAAACAGUACUGGCAGUUGACAAGGUGGAACCACCACCUUUUAAAUACUCCCCAGCAAUGCCUAAAUGAAUUACCAUUCAGGGCGGAUCCAAGCAACAUGCUGGUGCAAUAAUAAAGGCUUUCCCAAAGGAUCGCAUCCAUAUAUCCACCAAAGUUACUAGAAUUCAUACAGCUAACGGAAAGAUGACUUUGGACCUUUCAGGGGCAACAUAUGAAUAUGGCCAUAUUAUCCUUGCAAUUCAUGGUGACCUGGCCCUCCGACUCCUAGAGAGUCUGAAACGCCAUUGGAAACGGAUAUUCUCUUCUUGCUUUCAAACAACCCUCAAUACCGCUGCGCUUCACUCUGAUACAUCUGUGCUUUCUCCCCUCCUCCCCCCAAUAUAAACUAACACGAUUCGAAGUUCAGACCACAGAGCCGCGUGGUCCGGACAGCGCAGAACUCCCCGGCGGCCCCGAUCUCUACCUCUCGAAAUACUGAUAAGGUUUCUUUAACCUAUAAUAUCAAUAUUCUCCAGCACAUGCCAACUUCCAAGCACUCGAGCAUCCCGGUAAUUUUCAACCCACUCACACCGUCCGGAUCACCCAAAGUGCAGGAUGAAUAUGCCUAUAGACAUCCUCUGUCCACCCCUCAGACUGUCGCAGCUCAAAUCAAGCCGGCGGAAAUACAAAACAAGCGUGGAACAAGCUCUGCGGGAGCAUGGACCAAUCAUGGCUUCUACGAAGACGGGUUCACAUCCGGGCUAAGGGCAGGUAUGUCCCUUGUGGAGUCGUGCCCCGGCAUGGCGGUGUAUCCGGUGCAAAGUGCAUUGGAGGAGGCGCACAGCAAGAAGGAUAAGCCCAAGUGA